AUGAUAUGCUCAAUAUCAGGAGAAAGAACGACCAAUCCAGUGGUAUCUCCUAAAAGUGGAGCAAUAUUCGAAAGAAAACAUAUAGAAAACUACAUCUCCACCUCCGGUACCGACCCAAUCACCAACGAUCCAUUAUCAAUCCCAGAAUUAAUCCCGCUCAAACCUGCCUCAAAUCCAACGAUAAUCCCACCAAAUCCGACAACUUCAACUUCUAUCCCAUCGUUAUUGGCCAGUUUUCAGAAUGAAUGGGAUUCAGUCGUGCUUGAAAUGUUUACUUUGAGAAAACAAUUAGCAAAAGCGAGAGAAGAAUUAAGUAAUGCUUUAUAUAGACAAGAUGCGGCGAUUAGAGUGGCUGCUAAGGCAAUGAAAGAAAGGGAUCAAGUUAAAAAAGAGCUUGAAAAAGUGGUGACUUCAUUGACUGUGAAUAAAAAUUCCAAUGAAGAACAAGAAAUCCCCCCUACCAUAAAUGAUAAACAUACAGAUAUAUUAACAUUAAUUUCACAAGCUCGAGAUGAACUUUUUCAAAUUCAUAAAAGUCGAAAAAUCAAACUUCCAUUCACUGCCGAUGAUGAAUUGAUAUUAUCAAAAGGACAAACAUAUUUCAUUGACCUAAAAACCAAACCCAAACCCAACGAUUCUUCUGCCCCUCAAUGGUGUCUUGAUCCAUUCAACAAACGAGUAGCCAUCGACUUAUCCGAUAAUAAGAUUUUGAAAUCUGAAUUAUUGUCCAAAAAACCAGCCAAAGGAAAAAGAAAGCAAGAUAAUAUUUGGCAAGCAGCAUCCCUUACCCAAGCUUCAACAUUUGGAAAGAACGGUCUUUUGGCGGUGAUUUCCGGAAAUGAAUUAUUAUUCGACAAUGGUCCUUGGAUUGAUUUGGGUAGUAAUGGACACAAUGUCCUUGCUCAUCCCAAACUUGAUAUCUUUAUUGUGGAUACUGAUGAGUCAUGGUUGAUAUGCAAUACUGAACAAAUAUUGAUUGAACGGAAAUUUGAACCAAAACAAGAAAAGAUUCGUAUUCAAGAUAUUCAUGGCGAUGGUGAGAUAAUAGCAGCUAUACAAUCAGGAAAAGUUUGUUUGUAUAGUAUUAUAACCGGGUUGAAAUUAGCCACAUUUGAACCUAAGUACGAAAAUGUGAUCGAUGUCAAGUUUGGAGCAAAUGGAUAUUGGUUGUAUGUUUUAUCACAAACAAAAGAUAUGACAAAAGUUGAGAUAUUUGAUUUAAGAUCGGGGACUAAAGCCAAUGAAUUAGAUUUCAAACUGGGAGAGGAAACGAGUUUUAUUAUAGAUGUAGGUUCAAAUACAAUCUUUACAGUAUAUAAUCAAGGGAAAUACACUAUAUCCAGAUAUAAUAAGAAGUCAAAAAAGUGGAAUCAAAAUGAACUUAAAGAUUUCCCGGAAGAAUUUGCAUCACAGACUUUAAGAGUGUUGACUACUCCUGAUGAAUUAUCCCAGGGUAAAGAUGUCAUACUUAUUGGAUUAAAUGAUGUCGAUUAUAAUUUUGAAACUUAUGUAUUAUCAAAAUAG